AUGCCACUGCAGAUCCUCACAGACGUGCCUCCGUUGCCUGCCAACUAUGCCAGCCGUGCUGGACUUUCCGAUUCUGUGGUCAAAUCACUGCAGAAAUGCCUCAAAGCAUCAGGGCUCUGUCUUGUACAUGGUGCUGGAGGCAUGGGCAAAACCGUCGCCACAUGUGCGACGCUGCUUGAUGAAACGACCUUGUGUGAGACCUUCCCUCAGGGCGCUGCAUAUGUCACUGUCGGUCAGAGCCCAGAUGUGCUGAGCCUGCAAUCGACUCUUCUGCGCGCUUUCGGGGUGCAUGAUCCACCGGCCGAUGUUUCGGAUGGCUAUGCCCGCCUUUACAAUGUGUUGUCAGGGUGCAAAGUUUUAGUCGUGCUGGACGAUGUGUGGAAUGCAUCGCACUUGGAGUGCUUCGUCCCAAUGCGGGGACGCCCAAAGACCUGGAGCAACGUGGCAGUUCUUGUCACCACUCGUUUCGCAGAUCUGGUGCAGAAGGCGGAGUUGUUGCGCUUGGGUGACCUGACGGACGCGGAGUCGCGGGAGCUCCUCCACUUGAAAGGAGAUGGUGCCAUUCUGACGCGCCUCGCAAAGCUCUGCUCACGCUCCCCUUUGGCUUUGUCCAUCCUUGGUGCCACAGGCCAGCUGGAAGCAGAGCGCGAUGCCGGCCAGAAGCCUGCGACCGUUUUCACCGCAUUUUGUGACGAGCUUGCAGCGCAGGAGAAGGCAGAGCCCAACGCCAUCAAGCGCUGCAUUGGGCUGGCACACAAACGGCUCGAGCAGCAGGACAAAGACCUCUAUUUGGGCAUGGCUGUUUUCCCUGAUGACGUGCUAUUGCCGAUUGCAGCUUUGCGAACAAUCUUCCGGCACAAGGAUCUGGACACCCAGCUGCCCCGACUGGAGCGACUUCACCUCAUUCGUAGAGAAGAGGGCGCCGCAGAUGGUCCCCGAAUCCGCCUCCACGAUCUGUCGUUGGAGUUUGUCAAAGAGCAAGCUGCGCGAUGCGGUGGUGAGACUGCUCUGCAUCAGGAGCUCUUGACGAAUUACAGCUCCUGCCUGGAAGCUCCUGAGAGAUGGUGGACGGGACCAGAUGACGGCUACUACUAUCAGAGGCUCCUGCAUCAUCUGGCAGCGAGCGGCCGGAUGGACGAAGCGAGGGGACUUCUGCUGAGGUGGGAGUGGCUGGCUGCUCGACUUCGGCGUCCGGGCGACGCUGUGAGUUUAGUUGCAGACGUCCGAGCAUUUGCCCCACAUGGCUCCCUUCCACAACAUGCGACAAGUGGCCAAGGUCCCGUGGGCUCCGCCACCAGCGCCGCAACGGUUAUGGGCUCGUCGCAGCAGGCGAAGGCCAGAGCGUCGGCUACUCGCAAGGCUGCGGCCAGCCCGGCAACUGCAAAGGCUAAAGCUCGGCCCAUGCAGAAGGAUGCCGCGGCCACGGAGGAGGCAGCGCAGGCCUUGAGCGUCUGGGAAGCAUUGCUCGAGGUCCUGACUCUGUCGGCACACAUCUUGACUGAGGAUGCUUCCCAGCUUGCUUUUCAAGUCCUGGGGCGACUCCUAGGAUCGGAGGUGCCCGCAGGCCCUCUUGCAGAUCUCCGCUCGGGAGCGCAGAUGGCCCUGAAGGAGGGCGUCUACGGGCUGCCUGCCGGCGCCGUCCCGAGCUGGCGCUGCAGCGCUUGCCCGGUCUCCAAGAAGAGCCUGCAAGGAGUUGGCGGGCCACUGGCGAGGACCUUGCAACUGCACAAAGACUGGGUGCGCUGCGUGGCGGUGAAUGAAGCUGGCACGUUGCUGGCGAGUGCAUCGAACGACCUCUCAGUCAAAGUCUGGGACCUGACCCAGGAUUGCCGAAUGCUGCUGGAGCUACUGGGACAUGAGACUGCAGUUCUCACUGUGGACCUUAGAGGUGAACUCGUGGUGUCUGGAGAUAAGGACGAGGUGAUUCUCUGGAGCUUGUCAGAUGGCAGCGUUCUCAAACGCCGGCCUGGGUUCGCAGGAAACUUGAGCGUCGUUCAGUUUUUGGGCGAUGGGCACGUGGCAGUGGCCACCGGGACGGACGUUGAGUUAGUGGGAGCCAGUACGCUGCAGGGCAAGCCGACCUGCAACCAUGACGCCAGAGUUGCCGCCAUCCACUCCAGCGCGGUCCCAGGCGGUUCCCCCACAGAGUUGCUCCUCGCCUGUGGCUGCGAUGACAAGCAUGCAGCACUGUGGAAGCUGAGCAGUCAAGAUGCCAAGCGCAAGAAACUAGCAGCCCCAGAGUUCACGGCACAGCUGAUCACCAGGAUUUUGGUAGGAGAGCAGGACGUCCGGGCAGUGAGUUUGAGCAGGGCGGGGAAUCUCCUGGCAUGUGGGAAUGAUGACGGGGUCUUGCGAAUUUGGAGCAUCAGCACAGGGAAAGCUGGGCUUUCCUGCAGCAUGCUGUGUUCUGCACCAGAUAUGCACAGUGACUGGAUACAUUCUGUAAGCAUGGCUCAUGACGGCUCCUAUGUGGCAUGUGGUUCUGACGACAACUCCAUUUCCCUCUUCGACGUGUCAAAGCAGCGAAUGGCAGGACAAGUCAGGAUCUUUUCUGGUGCCUUUUCUGUGGUACUGUCGCCGGACCUGAAGUCACUAUACUCCGCAAGUGGUGACAUCCGUUUGUGGAGUGUUCCCAAAAUCAAGCAAACGCACCACUUGAAUGCCACAGGUACUGGCAAGCAUUCCUAUGCUGUCACCGGAAUUGCGGUGUCUCUUGAUGGAUGCCAUGCCGUUUCUGUGUCUUCAGACUUGACAGAUGGCAAGACAAACGGCGGCCUUCAGAUUGGGCUUUGGGACUGUCCAACAGGCUCCCAGACCGGAUUCUUCAAAGUGGGCGGUUCCAUAGAUGACGAUGACAGGCCCCUGUGCGCAUCCAUGAGCCCGGACGCUACAAUGGCUGCCAUCGGAUGUGACACCGGCAAGCUUUGGGUCGUAAACCUGACGGAGCCCUUCGCGGCCGUUUGGGUGCAGCCGGAGGCCCAUACUGAGCGCAUCUACUGCUGCGAAUGGCUGGAGCUGGAUUGUUUGGCAACUGGCAGUGAAGAUGGUAGUGUUGCUUGCUGGUCAGUCAGGGACAAGGUCUGCACUGCGAGUGCCAGGCCGUAUGAUGCGGGCAUCCGUUGUUUUGCGUGGACCCAAGAUCGGCAAAGGGUCAUGUGCGGCUGCGACUACCAGGCACCACGACUGGUGUCGGUUGGAGAGAAAGGCUCAGAUGGCCGCGUCCUAGCAGAGUUCAAGGAUGUCGUCCGACAGGAGCUGACUGUCAUAACCCCUUGUAGCAUUUCACUCAGCUCGGACGACCGGCGUGCGGUGACCACGAGCUGGGACAAGGCGCUGCGCGUGUGGGAGCUGGACUCUGGACAGCUCCUGCUGGCCGUGACGCAGGUUUCCGACUGGGUGGUGAAGGGUUUUGGAGCGACACUGGCAGGUGACAUGGCCGGCCUCUGUGUCUCCUAUUCCUGGGACCGGCAGCUGCAGCUCUGGGAUUUCACACAUGUGCUCGGCAAGGGAGAAGAGAGGGAGGCAGUGGUCGUGUCAUCACAAGAGUCCUCCGAAAGACUUUGCACUUGUCAGUGCGACGCCUCCCUGGUACACAUGGCUUGCGCGCCGCGCUGGCGAGAGGGUGUCAGGCGGAGCCUGGUGUUUGCAGACGAGGAUGGCGGAGUCCACUUCUUUGAGGUGGAAAUACGACAGGCGCCCGUGCAAGAUGCGCAAGGUGCCUGA